GAUGUAUAGAUUUGAAUGAACUCUCUCUUUUCUUUAAAGUUGGGGCUGCCGAAGACAAUCACUUUGUACCCAUUUGUGCUCCAUUCCCUGGCCCUCUCUCUCUUCAGCUCUAUCAUUGGACCAUUUGGAGGCUUUUUUGCUAGUGGUUUUAAGAGAGCUUUUAAAGUCAAGGACUUUGGAGACAUCAUUCCUGGUCACGGAGGAAUAAUGGAUAGGUUUGAUUGCCAAUUCUUGAUGGCUACAUUUGUGAAUGUUUACAUUCACAGUUUUAUCAGGGCUCCAAAUCCACAAAAACUGAUCCAUCAGUUAUACAACUUGAAGCCAGAAGAACAGCUGCAGCUUUUUAACAGUCUGAAAGAUUCAUUGACUGCUCAAGGUCUUCUUCCCUGAAUUGUUGUCCUCAUCCUGUUUCCUAGCUUUUUGUUGUUGUUAGUACAAAUUAGAGCUAGUCAUUUAAUGUGUACGUGGAAAUUGUUGGCUUAGUUUUUGCUGCAAGUGUUUCUGUUGGUGUGUGGAAGUCAGACUCUGUAUCAGCAAUAUUACGAUAGGUACAAAUCUGGGUAGGGAAAGAUUAGAAUGAUUACUACCUACAGAUCAAGAUUGUAGUAUAAUUAUCUUUUCACACGUGAUAUUUCUGAAUCAAGAAAAGUAAAAAAUCUCAAAAUGUCCAUAUUCUAAGUUAUUAGAAAUUUUUAAUAUAGGAGCAGUUAUUACAAACUUUGAAGUUAGUAAUAUCUAUCUUCAAAUACAAGUCGAACUCAUGAAAAAAUAAAAUUAAUAUUUAUUAACCUAAUAAAAAGUUUCACUUGUGUAAUAUCACAAGGAUUUUACAUACUUUACUGACAAAUUAGGUAAAGGCCAGUAAAAGUUACCUUUUGACGACCGUGUAAUAUUUGAAAAUUCAUCAUGAAAUGAAAGGAAUAGUUAUAGAUUUUGCUUGUAUUUAUUCACUGUGUGUUCUUUAAAGAAUUAUAUAUUAAAGAAUAUUUUAGCCAUUAUAGCCUUCACUUACUCCCAGAAAUGUGAAAAUUAGGAAGUUCUCGAUGUUAAUAAUUGUUGUUAAAAGGCAUCUCAAGUGUUGUGUGUUUGUGGAAUGUGCCAACAGUUGGAUAUUUUAAUUAAAUUAUACAUGUAAGUCCCACCAUGCUGGCAUUUUUAGCUUUACAUUAUUCACAAGUAGUUUGUUACGUGGUAACACGUCUCGCAAAAACGAUACAGUUUUAGUGUCAGACUUUUUCAAAUAAUAUUGUGCUUGUUUGUGUACAGUGUUUGACCAUUUUCUCGAUAUAAAGUUUUAAUUUCAUUGAUUUUAUAUGCAAUUCUUGUUUAUCAUGAACAACCGGAUUCUUUUAAUUGAAGUAAUAAAAGUCUUAAGUCUAAAUAGGAAAAACUUGUUUGAAAAACCUUUUUUGUAAACAGAUCAGGGGGUUUGAUUAUGUAAUUUUCACUUAAGGUAGACAGUACACACUCUUAAGUAAUACUGUAACUAAAGUAUUAAACAUUUUCUCAAGGUCAAAUUGUAUUGUGUGUAAAAAUAAAGAUGACGUGCAAUUACAAAGUUGUUGAAGGAGGCGGUGUCAGUAAAAUACGGACAGAGGUUGAGAACGAAGAAACUUAUCAAAAAUAUACAAAACAUGAAAUAAGGCUGAGGACGAAGAAACUUAUCAAAAAUAUACAAAACAUGAAGUAAGGUUGAGGACGAAGAAA